GGCUGCGUCACCGAGACACGCGCAGACAAAAAACCAGCCCGCGCUCAUUUUUUGUCUUACCUUCUUCCUUACAUUCGUCCUCAUUCACUCACCAUCACCUAACUAAAACAGCGACAAGGAGUCGGAAACAGCACCUACAUUUAUUCGCUCGCUCAUCACCCAUGGACGAACGGGAGGAACAAAGACAGCCACUGCUGUCAGGGUCACAGCAGCAGCAUGCCUCAGGGUCUCACAGCACCGCACCAACAUACGCCUCAAUUGCAGCAACAGGCCUCACACAAGAAUCCAGAGUGGAUGCUGAUAAUGAGGUCGACAGCAGUAGCGAUGACAAUAAUACAGAGAUAACAACCAAGGGCGUAUCGGGCUGGAGAGCAUGGUACCGGACCAUUUUGAAGUUCUUCCAAGGCUUGGGAAAGUUCUUUUUGAUCCUUGCUAUUGGCACCAUCAUCCUCAUUCUAGUCCUGCAAUAUACCCUGCCAAGAGUAGAUGAGGAGCAAAGAAAGGACCUACACUUUCCACAUUCCCUGGAGGACCUGGAGGCCUUGCGGAAGAUUUUGACUGUGUACAUGGAAAAGCAUUACUACCGAGUCAUGUUCGGCUUUCUGACCGUCUACCUCUACCUGCAGACGUUCUCUGUCCCUGGAAGUAUGUGGCUCAGUAUAUUGGGAGGAGCACUCUUCAAGUUCUGGGUGGCAUUGAUCAUGGUGUCCCUGGCGUCGGCCGUGGGAGCGACCAAUUGCUAUCUGCUCUCGAGGUUGUUCUUCUCCAAGCUGGUAAAACGCAAGUUUGGAGACCGCAUGGAGAAAUGGAAUACUCAGCUUCAAAGACAUCGAAACAACCUGCUGAGCUAUAUCAUUCUUCUCCGACUCGCACCAUUCCCGCCGAAUUGGUUUGUCAACAUUUGUUCGCCACAUCUCAAUGUUCCUCUGUGGCCAGAAUUCUUCCUCGGGACGUUGAUCGGCGUGGCUGCACCUUCAGUGGUCCAUGUGCAAGCAGGAUUGGUGCUGGAAAAAUUGGUAGAGGAUCAUUCGUCGGGAGUGAACAUCUUUACGCUCAAGAAUAUCGCCAUGCUGGGCGCCGUUGCGUUGCUUGCUGCGCUGCCUGUAUUGAUCCGAUGGGUCUUGGCAAGAUAUGAAGCCCGGAAGGUCGGGCUCGACGUGGAUGCGCUACUGGCACAACAGGAGGAAGGUGAAGGAGGCACGGGUGUAGAUGCGGGCGAGAGGGAUCCCAUCCUGGAACCCCUGGACCCAACAGGAGUGAUCAUCUCACCAGAGAACCAGCACUUCUUGAGGAGGUCAUCAUCAUCCUAUUUGCGAACAGCGCAUCAAUAUCAGGACCAGCACCAACAACACCCACAGUAGCAACCAUUGUUGCCUGUGUUGUUGAUAGACACUUGCAUUUAAUGUAUAUUUCAAACCACUAUUUAUCAUUCUGAAGUGCGUGUCAUAUAACGGGGUCCACUUUUGGAGAUCCGGCAGCGCCGAGUGUCUUUAUUCAAUCAGAGCCAUUUGACCCUCAAGCAACAAACGUGGUGGCCUUAAACUGCGCUUAUGUGCUGACUCAAAAUUUACGUUGUGCGCGCUUGAUAAUAUGCUGGAUCAUUCAUUCUGCCGAAGCAAGAGCUUUGGGGCGUUUUUUUUUUUUUCCCUUGGCCAAGCGAAG